AUGGCGAAAACACGAUCAGCUGGGAUGUCGGCCGAACCAGAACAGCGAGAACCGCUUUUACUAGACAGUGACUCGGAAUUUGUUAGCUAUUAUGACGAACAGGAUAUUAAGAGAAGAGUGACAAAGAAGGACAAAAAGUCUAGAACACAGUUUUGCUUGUUUGUGAUCUUCGCUCUGCUGGUGAUCAUUCUCUUGGCGGUGGGUCUGUUUUUCUUGACGAAUGGCAUAUCAUCUGGAACACCAAGUCCGAGACCAUCCCCCUCCAGCCUUGGCAAAUUUAAACAUGCUGCCCUGGCAACAGAUAGCCCUAUUUGUUCUGAAAUUGGCAGGAAAAUUCUUGAGGAUAAGGGUGGAAGUUCUGUAGAUGCUACCAUUGCUGUACAGAUCUGUUACUCUGUCAUCCAGCCACAAAGUAGUGGAAUUGGUGGAGGGUUCUUCAUGGUGGUGUACAACAGAACAAGCCAGGAAUCAAUGACAAUUGAUGCCAGAGAAGUUGCACCACUCGCUGCCACAGAGAAUAUGUAUGUGAACAAACCUGGGGAGUCGGAAGUGGGAGGAAAGUCUAUCGCCGUUCCCUCUGAAAUCCGUGGAUACAAGACAGCCCACGAUAAAUUUGGUCGUCUAUCAUGGUCUGAGCUAUUUGCUCCUUCUAUCAAGCUUUGUGAGGAUGGAUUCCCUGUAUCUCAACAUCUGGUAGACAUGUGGAUUAAGGAACGAAACAAACUCUCAAAAGAUCCAGAUGCCAUUAAAACUUACACAGACCCAGCUACUGGAGAUUUUUACAAAACUGGGGAAAUGAUGAAACUUCCAGCAUUAGGAAAGACACUUCGAACCAUAGCAACAGAGGGAGCCGAGAGUUUUUAUACUGGUAACCUGUCCAGAGACAUACUACUUGACCUCAAAGAUAAAGACUCACUAAUCACAGCGCAGGACUUGAAGAGCUACCAGGCACUUAUGAGUAAAAGUUUAAAGUCGACUAUGAGAGAUGGUAGCACAUUGUACUCUUCUGGGGCACCAUCUGGAGGUCCAGUUCUCAUCUACAUCAUGAAUAUAUUAGAUGGUUAUGAAAUUGCUUCAGGACAGAAAUGGAAAAAAGAAGAUAAACUUCUUGCUUAUCAUCGCAUUACGGAGGCUUUCAAAUUUGCAUACGCCAAGCGUACAGACAUGGGAGAUCCGAAGUUUGUCCGUCAUGUUGAAGGUCUGGUUGCUAAUUUGACUGCUAUGGGCUAUGCUGAUGUCACACGCAAGAUGAUCUGGGACAACACCACCCAUGGUUGGCAGUAUUAUGGCCCUACAUACUAUGACCGUUAUAGGACAAGUACAGCACAUGUUUCCAUUGUUGGCAAUGAUAACUUGGCAGUGUCUGUCACUUCUACUGUCAAUUUAAGGUUUGGAUCUGGUGUGUUGGGAUCAAGAACUGGGAUCUUGUUUAAUGAUGAAAUGGAUGAUUUUUCCACACCAAAUCAAACUAAUUAUUUUGGCGUUGCACCCUCACCAAGUAAUUUUAUCAAGCCUGGGAAAAGGCCUGUAUCAUCAAUGAGUCCAGCUAUUCUCGUCACUAAGGACAACAAGAUAAAAAUGGUUUUAGGGGCUGCUGGUGGAACACGGAUUACUACUGCUACUGCCUAUGUGAUGACGAACUUUCUUUGGUUUGGUGAUGAUGUGAAACAGGCAGUAGACUCUCCUCGAAUACAUCACCAGUUGUUACCUCAAGAAAUUUCCUAUGAGUCAAAUUUUCCAGAGUAUUACAUUAAUGGCCUGGCAGAGCUGGGACACAAUUUAACAUUGUCAAGCUCAAUAGCUGUAGUGAAUGCAAUCACGAGUGACGGCGACUGGUAUUACGCCAAUAGUGACUUCAGACGACCUGGCAGCAGUCCCGAUGGAUUUUGA